GUGUGUGAGUUUGUUGUAACCGUUGGAUCACUUAUUUGUUUUUCUUUUUCGAUCUGUACUUUGGUGUUUGGGAGAAGAGUGAAGACUCAUGAAUGCUAUAGAUCCGAGUGUCUCAUACAACAUUCGUCGCAUUAUAAUUCGCAUUUAAGCUCUGUUUUUUUUUAUUGUUAUUUUUUGUUUUUUUAAUUUUCUGAACUUGACUUUGGGAUCUUUAAACGCACCCUACUCUUUCUAGUUUCUGUACUCUUUCACCAAGCUCUUAUAUUUUCAACCCAAUUUUGACUUGGGAGGAGUUUCGGUAGCGGAAAUGCCGGCCUCCCCAGUGAUGAGAUACUCUCCUGGGAGGGAGCCAAGAACAGAUGGUCACAAGCGGGGCCGUAGCCUCGAAGGAGGAUUGCUCUUAAGGGAGAAAGAUGACGAUCUUGCUUUGUUUAGUGAAAUGCAGACCAGAGAAAGGGAGAAUUUUUUGCUUCAAUCGUCCGACGACUUGGAAGACUCAUUCCCUACCAAGUUGAGACAUUUUUCUGAUGUCAACCUUGGAAUCUCCAUUCCGGGUCGAGGUCAAACUAGUGACUUGCUUAAUGCUGAUGGCGACAAGAAUGACUAUGAUUGGUUAUUGACACCCCCAGACACACCACUGUUUCCUUCAUUAGAUGAUGAACAACCACCAUUGAAUAUUCCCAGCAGAGGAAGGCCUCAGAGUAAACCUAUUUCCAUAUCAAGAUCUUCUACGAUGGAGAAAAGUUAUAGAAGCAGUAGGGGCAGUGCAAGCCCUAAUCGUGCAAGUCCUAAUCGUGCAAGUCCAAAUCGUUUAAGUCCCUCCCCUCGUUCUGGAGCUAACACACUGCAAUCAAGGGGAAGGCCAUUGUCAUUGCCAAAUUCCAGUCCAACCCCAAUUUCACAGUAUGGGACUCCGUCUAGAAGACCAUCUCCACCACCAAAUAAACCCAUGACACCUGCUUCUAGGUCUUCCAUUACUACUCCCCGGAGGAUGAGUACCGGCUCUAGUGGUCAUGUAGUCUCAUCGGGGAAGAGGGGGACUUCACCAGUGAAGACAAAUCGUGGAAAUUCUGCAUCACCAAAAAUAAGGGCAUGGCAAACUAAUAUUCCUGGAUUCUCUUCUGAAGCACCUCCCAAUCUUCGUACAUCAUUGGCUGAUCGACCUUCAUCAUAUGUGAGGGGUUCAUCUCCGGCAUCCAGAAACGGUAGGGGUUCAUCUCCGGCAUCCAGAAAUGGUAGGGGUUCAUCUCCGGCAUCCAGAAAUGGUAGGGGUUCAUCUCCAGCAUUCAGUAGGCAAUCGAUGUCACCAACUGCUUCUAGGAGCAGUAGCUCGUUUUAUAGUCAUGAUCGAGAUCAGUUUAGCUCACUGAGCAAAGGUUCUGUGGCAUCAUCUGGAGAUGAUGAUCUAGACUCUUUGCAGUCCAUCCCAGUGGGUAGCUUAGACACACUGGAUUCCCGAAGGGCUGGUUCAUUUUCAACAAACAGAACUCCUACCUUUUCCAAGAAAUCAGCCAGGAUUGUUUCCCCUAAUUCUGCUCCUAAAAGAUCAUCAUUUGACUCUGCUUUCCGGCAAAUGGAUAGAAAAAGUCCUCAAAACAUGUUCCGGCCACUUUUAUCAAGUGUUCCAAGUACAACCUUUUAUGUUGGAAAAGGAAAUUCAGCCCAACGCUCCCUUGUAUCUAGGAAUUCCUCUGUCACUACUAGCAGCAACGCAAGCUCUGAUCAAGGUACAGGUUUUGCACUAGAUAUUGAAGGGAGUGACCACAAUCAAGAUGAUAUGGCUAGUGAAACUGACAAGAUACUAUACCCUGAUAUUCAUGAAGAAGUGUUUGCCUUUGAUAAAAUUGAUAAAUUAAAUGCCAAUGUUGAGUAUCAGACCAAUACAGAAGCAAUUGAUGUCGUGCACAACGAAACUAGAGGACUUAAGGUUCUUGGUUCAACUGUAUCUCCAGAGCCUGUUUAUCAUGGUGGUAUUGACAUUGUAGUCAAUGAAGGCUCAGAAGCUUCCCUCCUCAUGGGUGACAAUUCUGAAACUGGUAGUUUCGAAAAUACAGCAAUCUGUUCUCAUUGUGGUUGCUCUUACGAGGCACCGGAUGAAGUUGAGAAGAAUAUUGGGAUUUGUCCAGAAUGCAGAAAGAAGACCAGAGUUUUGAAAGCCAUCAUACUUGAGACAGCUUUGACUGUACCCGAAGAUUCUUCAGGAAUUUCUAGAAACAGGCCUGAAGAAGAAGAAGCAUCAGCUACAACAAGCUCAUCGAAUGUUACUUCUAAACUGCCACAAGAAACUGAUGCAGUUAAUUUGAGGUUUCCCCAUGGUGAACAGGAAGCUGAGGAAAGUCAAACAUCAUGCAGUGAACAAAUCCAGGAUCACUCACAAAGCAGAUCUUUUGUUGGUUCACUGACACAGGUAGAUGGGCAGGUGUCUACAACCCCACUAGAAAUGAACCAGUCAGAAGUUGAUUGCAAGUCUCAUGAGGAAUUUGGUGAUCAGCAAUUGAACAACAGCGAGCAGCCAAAUUUGAAAGUGGACUUCACAGAAGGUGCUGGUAUUUCUGUAUUGCUGAAAAGGUCGAACAGCCACAAAGGAACUGUAAUUCAGGGCAGGUCUUUUUCUGCCUCAAGAAUUUCUUAUGAUGAUCUGUCUUUUUCAAGGGACAGUGUAACCAGUAUUAGAAGCUCAACAAGGCAAGGUAGUUGUUCUGCCUCGUCAUCGGUUGAUUUUAGCUCAACUAGACAGACAGAGUUUCGUGGUCAAAGGCAGUUGAGUAGCAGGAAACUAGACGUAGAUUGUGGAUAUGACUUGAGGAUCAAGGCUCCUAGUGCUGGUUCAUCUUUCUCUGGAACCUCAAACCAUUCUCACCAUGGAUUAGAUCUCGCAACUCAUGAUAAUUACCGCAAAACAGAAUGUCGCUCUGUGGAGGACACAUCCCAAGUUCUGCAAGAAAGAUUAGCUUCAGAAAAUGCAGUGACGGAUGUAAUUGAUGCAUCUUCUAUAAGAUCAAUUGUUGAGGAAAAUAAAUUUGAAAUUGAUGAUGAGGGCAGAGUAAAUAGUGCUUCAGAAUCUUUGAGCCAGACUGCUGGUGUUCAGUCUGAAGACAAUUCAGUCGCUUCAUUUCCAAAUAUUCGGGAUUGUAUUUCACAUGAAACUGUUGAAGACCAUCAAGAUACCGAAAGGAGUGUACCAAAUACAGAAACAUUAGUCAAGGUUUCAGAGUCAUCCUUUGAUGAGAAAGAGGAUGUGCAGGAUUCUUUUUUUGCUACUAACAGUUCUACAAUUACAGAAACAGAAAUAGAAGGGAAUUCUGAGAACAAUACUGGCACAGUGAAUGAAGAUCUUUCCCAAUUAUCAAAGAGUUUCCCGGAUGAGUUUCAGGAACCUCGUGCCCAAAAUCCUUCCGAUGAUUGUGUUACAGCUUCUGUUUCAGAGAUGAAUGCCUCUGACUAUUCCCAUGGCAUAGAGGGAUCAACAGUAACAGUGGAGUGUCAAGGUCCAGGGAACACAAGAAGCCUGACACUCGAAGAGGCGACCGAUACCAUACUUUUUUGCAGCUCUAUUGUCCAUGAUCUUGCAUAUCAGGCUGCAACAAUGGCAAUGGAAAAGGAAUUCUCUGACCCAUUUGAAGGUUCUGAGCCAACAGUGACAGUAUUGGGGAAACCCAAUUCUGAUAGGAAGGAAACUCGCAGCCGGACCAUUGGCAAGCGCUCUUUGAAAUCCCACAAAGCAGCAGCCAGGCAAAGGAAGUUGGAAACUGAUGUCAAACCCCCUCCGGGAAAAAUAACCGAAAACUUCUGCACCUUCACUUUGGCCUUUUUACAAAGGAGAACUCAGCCAAGUGCUUGCACCUUAAUGGUUUAG